AUGACCAACCCCAGGCUUCUAAACGGCAGCAGGAUUCUAUUCCUGCAUCGAUUCCUUCAUUCAACGAGCAAAUAGGUGUUCCGUGUAAAAAACAUCAGGCCAUAUUUUCUGCAUUCUCUAUACGCCGUAUCCGGCAUGAAAGCGAGUACUAGUAUGACUGGUCAUUGUGAUAAGUGGGGUGGAAUAUGGCUCAAUUUAAUGGAAGUGGAGGUGAGGCGAAGCCCUGAUAGUGAUAGUCUCCGAGGCGUGCCUGUAAACCCUGCGUCACCGAAGUUUUCUCCGCUUUCACACUUCUUCUUUUAUUUCUCACACAUGCGCUCUUGUUUGGGAGGCGUAUGUACAGGGUGCCGCUAUUUCCUCACUUCUUAAGAAGCCCCAUUCACUGUAUGGCACGUGCUGUUGCUAGAUAGGGGCUCGCUUGAGGGCAUCGAG